UUAUUGCUUUGCUUUACUUGUCUUCGGUCGAAGUUUUAAAGAUUACCCUGAUUUUCCUCGCCAUCAUGUCUAACUAUGAAACAGAUUCGGAAGACAGUUAUCAGUCUGAUGACUCGGAUAUAAACUUCAUUCCGGGAUAUAUAAUGGAAAACUCUGAACUUGUAAAAAAUUCGGACGAUGAUUCCAGCGUUGAGGAAUUGAACAUGGGUCUAGCUUACGCCGAUGAACCUUUGGCCGACGAAGAGUGGUUGGCAAAUUACAACAGGCAAGAAAAAGAACGGUUAGAAAUUGAAGAGAAGCUAUGUAAAAGGCUAGAUGGUUCUGUCCAACUAAGCGAGUGGUAAGUAAUAUAAUAGUAAACGAAGAUUAAAAAUGAUUUGUUUUCAAGUCAUGUAUUAACUUGAAUCUAUCCAAUUCCAACUUUCAUGGGUUUUUCCUCGCUUUUCUCACAGGUGCAAGUGUGGGAACUGUGGCGUUGAACUUCUCACUAAUGGCAACGAAUGUUACUGCUGCUGUGAGCUUGAAGGCUGCGAGGAAGCGAUGAACCGCGAGGAAGUGAUAAAAGACCUCGAAGUCGAAGGUGUACAAAAUGCAAAGUGCGUCACACAACACCCAGGAUUCAAUCCCGUAUGCUUGCAAAAGUGGAGUUUGAAGCAAGCUUCAGACAGAUAUAAAACGAAAAAUAAAGACAAAUAUAAACAAAUAAAAACACAGGAAAGGUUAGAUAAUUAAACUUACAUUGUUAUUAACAUUGUUAGUUAUAUUUGUCUCCAAACUUGGUUAAUAGCCUACAACUCUUUGCUACAUAACAGUUUAUAUACUGUAUAAUUACAAUACAGUGCAACUCUAUUCAAGUUUACUUUAUGUAGAUAAUCUAAAUAUGUAUGCCUUCGCCCCUAUUCGUCUAGACCCUGGUUAAAAAGCUGUGGUGGGUGGUUAUAUCAGCACAGCUUUUUCACAUUGACCAGUACUACCCCACACUGGUAGAGACAGUUUUAGUAUAUAGACCCUGGUUAGUCUUUCAACAUGGUUAGCGUUAACUUGGGUCACCAGUGCAUCCACAACAUAAAAUCCUACAAUAACUUGGUAAAAAUAUAUGAGUUCCAUUGAAGGGUUUGAAUCCAGCUUGUUUAUUCAUAUAUUUGUAUAGCUCAUCUAGGAAGAUUCGACGGUCGAUUGUGAAUGCUCAUCUUGGGAACAAAUGAGUGUAUAUAUUGUAGUCUGGUUGACCUAAUGACCAUUGGUUGAUUCCUAUUUGUUUUUAGAUUCUUACGCAGCAUCUCAUACAGGGAAUUUACAAGACUUAUAUAUGGAUUCCUUGGUAACAGGAGGAUCCCCCUUCCAUCAUGUGCCUACACAGCAAUAAGGAAAACAUUUCCUAUUGAUAAAGAGGAACAUUUUGUUGGAUAUUCUGAUGACUCGGACUAGUAAACAAUCAGAAAAGUCAGUCGAGCAUAGUGUCAGGUUAUCUAAUUGUGUUAAAUGGGUCAUUCCAGUAAACGUCUACACCUUCACUUUAGACAUUUAUCGUUGUCAGUAGAUUUUGACCCCUGCACAAAAUAACUCUGUGAUGGAGGUAUGGGUCGUUUCUGGAAUGAUGUUUUAGCGUAAACUAUGAUAAUCAGCUUGUUGGACACUCGUGCAAUUAUUAUUAUACCAACAUUACUAACAGUAGUAACUUGCUUCUGGUAUUGAAAAUAAAAUUUCCUGCCAGUUUUUGUAUCAAAAAACAAUAAAUUGUAAAGGUGCCCUACAGUCCAUAUGUAAACAAAGCCUUUGUUUACAUUUUUGUGUCCAAAAUAUUGAGCUUUAUUCGACAACUAUUUAUAUUUUCAAGCUUCUAGAGUAUAAUAAAUAAUCAGGCUUUUCAAGAACCCAAAACAUACUUAAACUGUUUGUAUCAUAAAAAGUGGGCUCCUUUGUGCACAUGUGCAGAUCGGACUGUAGAGCACCUUUAAACUUCUAAGUCCACUGUAAAAUAUAUAUCCUGAUAGAACCCCCACUAUCCAGGUAUUUAUAAAUGUAUAUAUGAAUUACCCAACCAAGGUAGCUUUCAUAUAACUAAUUUUAGGUUGAGGGAAGGAACAGAUUCUGGCUACAAGCUUAGCUAGCCUUGCUUGUUUGUGAAGAAAGCACUGUAGCCUAAUGUACCAGUAACACAAAGACAACAAAUCAGUUUGAUAUCAAUCCACAAACUUGUUUAGAUAGAAAUAUUUUUUUAAAAUUAAACAUGCUGAUAUAUAGUAUUAUAUGAACUAAUGCAACAUACUAGUGUGUACAUUGUGGUACUCUAUUUACAGGAACAGGAAGCUUGGGAUAGAUAGGGAUUUAUAUACCUGAAAAAUACAAGCAAAACUUCAACAUUUCGAGGGAAGGCCUUCGUGUGGACGUUAGUAGCCAACUUCUAGACAAACCUGCCUUCGCUCGAAACAUUGAAGUUUCACUUGUAUUUUCAGGUAGUUGCUCCAUACGAAGCUUCCUGUUGUCAUUAUCACUGGCACACACUGCUCAAGAUUUUAUUUACAGGAAAUAUAUAUUCUACCAUCAGAAUGACCUUGAACCCUUGAAAUACAAUGAAAGCUUGAAUGACUGUUUGACCAGAGUUUUUAUUUAUUUUUCGGACAGUCUACAACAUUUUUGUGCCCCUUCAUGGGAUGUCCGCAUGACCUGCAGUGAGGAGCAGCCUUAUUUUUUCUUGCAUCUGUGUCUCUCAUCAGUUGUUCUUGAUGUUGCAAUACUGUAAAGGUAGAAGAAAUAAAAGGUAAACUAAUUAUAGUC